AUGUUAAUCUUACAGGACCUGAAGUUCACCAACAUGAAGACGGUUUUCACUUUCUUUGUGUUGCCCCUCAUCAGCCUGCAAGAUGGCCCAAGGAACACAAAGGUUGAGGUGACUCCUCCUGGUCAGAUACUUGAGGGGAGCACAGUGACCCUGACCUGCAAGGCUGAUGCCAACCCACCUGUGCAGAACUACACCUGGUACAAGAGAGGAGGAUAUGUGCCGCUGAAUACAUGGAGGGUUUUACUCUUCAGCAAGAUCCAGCCUGAGGACAGAGGAGAAUAUUACUGUCGAGCGGCCAAUGGGAUUGGUCAGCAUCGUGACUCUCCUUCUGUAUCUGUUGAGGUCUUACAUGGCCCAAGGAACACCAAGGUUGAGGUGGAUCCCUCUGGUCAGAUACUUGAGGGAAGCAGAGUGACCCUGACCUGCAGCAGUGAUGCCAACCCACCUGUGCAGAACUACACCUGGUUUAAGGUGAACGAGUCCACUCCAGUAGCAUCAGGACAACAUUUCAACAUCUCCAACAUCAGGUCUGAGGAUGCAGGACAUUACUACUGCGAGGCCGGAAAUAGACAUGGAACUGACAACUCAUCUGCUGUGUCCAUCAGAGUUAAAGCAGGCCACUCAGAACCCUGGCAGCCAAUCCCAGAGCAGAAGAGGAAGUGA